AUGUCUAUUGGCAGGCUAACUUGUUGGAACUUUGGUAAGAGAGUACGAAGCUGUGAAUACCAGUAUCUGCUGCACUGUGUUAGUUUAGAUGAGAAAAGCCAAGUGCUUGAGGAUCUGUGGAAGCAGCACACUGACGAGAUGGCGAUUUUGGAGGGAAACAAAUUUGUCAUCAAUGGACAAAAAUGCACUGUUGAGUUUCAACCCAGUGCAGAUAUGUGUUGGCAAAGCUGGGCAAACAACGAGACAACACAAGCUGCAACAUACCCCUCACCGUAUGCUAAUGUGCACAAAGGUAAUGUUUGUACCAUGGGUGGUUCUAUUGGCUUUGAAACAAAUGACACUUGGAAACCAUACACAAAUAAAGAGAGAGAGAGAGAGAGUCAUGCCCAACAAGUUGCAAAGUUCCAAUCUACUUUGAAGGAUAGCUUAUCUGACAGUACCAAACAUGACAGGAAGCUCCAAUACAUGGCAGAGAAUGGCAUAAGGCAGCUUGGCUCUCCACGCAUUGGAUUGUUUGCUGACAGACAAAGACCAGAGCCACUUCACUGUGAGAUAAAUGCAUGGCAGCAGUUGCUCAGUAUUAUUUAUCUAGAGAGUGUACAAAGAAAAGUUUUUGACCAGUUUGUGAAAGUCUUAGCUGCUCCACCAAUUGUUGCGCCUAAUCCCGAACCUGAACAAGAAAGAGCUGUUGCUGGGUGCGGUUUAGUAUUUCUUGUUCCUAGUAUUAAAGAGCACUUCCAAGAUGAAAAGAAGCGUUUUAACAAGAUUCCAACUCGCUUAAUUGGAGACCAAGCAAUAGCAAUUUCCAGGUAUGGGUACCGCUUGGUUGAUUGCCUUGAAUACCCAGAGGAAUCACUUCCUGAGAAGUUCAAGCGACUUGCACUUGGUCAAAUUGUACUACACCUUCGGGAUGCCUGUGCCACAUUCAACAAGGUGGCAGUCACAAGAUCGGAUCUACUGGAACUUGAGGAGAACUGCAAAUUGUAUUUUAAUUUACUUUGCCUGUUCUUCCCUAAGCAUGUAAAUGUUACAUGCUGGACAGUGGGUUACGCCAUACCUUAUCAUACAUUUAAGCUAUAUAAUGCAUAUAAAGUUGGGUAUGGCAUAAUCUCACAACAAGGAAAAUAGGCCAAGCACUCUGUAAUCAAAGGUGACUUGAAACUGAGCAACAGAUCCAACAGCACAAACAGAACAGGAAAAUGGUGGCAAGUGAUGAGAGCGAAUUAUGUGAGAAGCCUAUAUCUACCUGAGCAUCAACCACUACCACAAACAUACAAGUCUCACUUCAAGUCAAGGGUACCUACACAUUGUUGUACUGCACUAGCAUGUAACUGCGGUAGAAGUAAACAGGUGGACAGUGAACUUUGCAGUGUAUGUAUUCAGAGUGAUGAAAUUAUUAAAUCAGCAGAGAAGCAAGAAUUCUCCCCUCAGCUAGUGGAGAUAUUCAAGCCACAUGUAUGUCAUGAAUCAGAGUGUGGUCAGCGGUUCGCCGACAAAGUGGACCUUGAAUCACAUCAGUCACUCCACACUGGAAGAAAAGUUGCCUUGAAUGCAAAGAACCCUAAAGAAAUGAGUGUUGGAGAGCUUAAAACAGAACUAAAAAGAAGGAAUCUUUCAACAGGCGAGAAGAAGGACAUUUUGAUCAAGCGACUUGAAAGUAGUUUGUGGGUAGAGAAUGGUAGUACUCUUUCAAAAUCUUAA